AUGAAGAUUACCAAGUUAAAACUAAGAAAACUAAAAAUAAAUAGAAGAGAAUUCAUUAGAGUCAUCAACAAGCAAAAAUAAAAGUAAGAAAAGAGAAGACAGAUUAGAAAGUAAGUAAACAAGGAAAUUCGAAAAGUAGAGAAAAUGUUUCCAAUAAAUGUCAGUUCUUCAAUGAGCCAGAGAUCAAAUAAAGAACUGUCGAUGAAAAGUAUUCAGCAGACUAAUUCAGUGAUUAAAAACGAGAAAGAUGGAGUAAAAUUCAAAAUGUUUGUCCAAUAAAAUCCAUAUGAAAAUUAAGUGGAUACAGUUGGCUAAUCUAAAUAUUUUAAUGUUAGCAGAAGGGAUGUCAACACAGAACAAUUGACAUCAAGAUAAAAUAGAAACAAUAAUAAUAUCAGUUACUAUUCCAAUUACUAAAAUCAAAAUAAGACUAUUGAUGUUAUUGAAAAAUCUUUUUCUUCAAACACAAACUAAAGCCAAAUUUAGGCGCUUAGUGAUUCUUAAAUAUCUGAGUAAAGUGAUUCUCCUUAUAAGAAAUUAUCUGAAAAACGAAUAAUGUUCAAAAUCCUUGAUAAGCAUCAACAGGUUCUCAACAAUAAGAAAAAACGCAAGGAGAUGCUUUAAAGAGUUGGAUUUACUAAGGGAAUGUUCAAUGAUAAGUCUCUAGCCUGGGAAUUGAGAAAUAAUUCUUCCAGAUCAACAAAUUAAUUUGGAUUAAAAGUGAUCUCAUCUAUUAAUCAUGAGAGAACCUUUGAGGGUGGUGAAAAUAAAAGUAGAGUGUCAAAAACCUAUAGAGAUUUUAGAUUGAAUUCUGCUAGGAAAAAUCAUAACAACCUAUCCCUAAUUGAAAUUCAAGAGAAAGGCAAAGAUCUUGAGACAAUAAAUGCAGUCAAUUUGAAAAAUAUAAAAAGAAAUAAGUCUCAGCAAAUAUUUGAUAAUGUUAAAAAAGUACAGACUUUGUUGGUGAGUGAAUGUUAAUCUGCUAGGAAAGAUAUUAAAAUGGAAAAAAAGCGGUUUCAGUUAGAUGAAGAUUAAUUAAAGAGGCUGAUUAAUAGCCAAAAACGCUAGGAAGCAUAUGUUGAAAUAUAAAAACAUAAACUAUAGGAAGCAGAAAAUGUUGCCAAGAUGAUUUCAGAGAGUAAUUAACAGUUAAAGAAGAAGUUAUUUGAUAAUGCUUUAAGAGAAUUCAAAGAUGAAGAAUUUCAAGAAAUUAGAAGCAGAGAGAUUGAGUAUUUUCUCAAUGAAGACUACAAAAAAAGGGCUGGAAUUAUCAAAUGA